AUCAUAUUUCAAAUACCAAAAUGUAAUAUUAUUGUUUAAAAACAAGUCACUUCUCGUUUGUAAUUUUGUUUUGAACUAGUUGAAAACUUAUUACUUUGUGAUUCGAUGGUUUACAAAUAUUUUUCAGUAGAAUGGGCCAAUGUCUAGGAUUUUGUAAUCGUUGGGCGAUCAAAAGAAAUCAGGGUUUCGAUCGAUUUUCAAACUACGCUCCCAAACAAAGUCCCAGCCGAUUUGGUGAUGAUCAUUUGCUGAAUGAGUACCAAGACCAACAAGAUGAGAUCGAUUUUUCAGGUGUAGGUAAAAGCAUAUAUCGACCAGGCCCAUCCGAAGUAGUUAUUGACGUUUCAGAAAAGCCGUCAAGAUCAAAUCCUGAGAAACAGUUAACAGCAACAACUUCUGCAAAUCCAAAUUACUCAUCUGUUGCUUCAAGUGCAUCUGCUGGAAGUAUUUGAGUUGUAAAUAAUAAGUUUAUAUCAUAAUUCAUCCAUUCAAAUGCACUGAUUUUUUUACCCAUUGCAAACAAUGAAAUCGAAAUUGUCUUGAUUUUACGAACAAUAAAACUGGAGAAAACAAGUCAAUCAAACUGGAGAAAACAAGUCAAUCGAACUUGAUCAAUUGAAGAGACCACACAUUCAUGAAAUGCACAAAUAACUCCAGAAAUUAUUUAAUAAUAUUUAGUGUAUUUAAAUUAAACCCAAGAAGUAAAAUAUUGUUAUUUAUGUAAAGUUUUUGAAUGAAUAUAAUGUGCAAACGUACAAAUACACUUUGACUGGAGAAAA